GUCGAAGCCGACGCGCGCGAGCAUCGGAGCAUCGCGGAGGCCGCGCCGAUCAGUCCGCGCGGGACGCUCGAAGAGUGAGGAUCGCGUUCACGCCUUGUCUUGCUCCCUAAUCUCUCUCUCAGGUGCAUCGGAUAGUAAACGCGCGAGAGAGAAGGAGAGAGAGAGCGCCAGUUUUCGCAUCCAGUUCUGUAGACUCGAGGAGGAGAUCGAGAAGAAGAGAAAAAAAAACGGGAGCGAUCAUAGAGAAGCAUUUUUUGCGGGACGACCGGGACUCCGGAAGUUUUCGAGCACAGAUGGUGAGAGGAUCAUUACCGGAUAUCGCAGUGACGAUGGCAUCGGGCAGAGAAAUCCACGGUGCUUUCAGUCUCAUCGUGGACGACGUGGAUUCGCAGUCGAUCCUGAGUGAUGGCUCCGACUUAGACGGACUGUCGCGCGAGAGCAGCUCGCAGAACUCGGCGUCACAGACGCCCCUGGAUAGUCCUGGUGGACCGCGCGAGAGGAUCAAGCAGAUCCAGGUUGAGGCCGAGACUAGACGGGGCGAGUUCGCCAGGCUGUUAGAGGAGCACGCGCAGGUGGUGCGCAAGCUAAAGAUGAUGGAGGCGGAGGAGCAAUUGUCGGCAACGACGGCGACCGGAAACGCGACGGUGAUCGGCGGUGCGCACGCGUGAUUUUACGGUUUUUUUACCACUGCUAGAACGAGGGUGCCAUCGAGGGUUGGGACCAUCGCGUCGAUCACUAUACGACGACCACCACCAUCACCACCACCUCACCGCGUUUCCCCCUCGACCGCGAAACAUCACAAUCCGGAUAAGCUGUCCUCGUCCAUCGUGAUUCGUAAGCAAAAUGACGCGAAUAUCGUUGGACGUUUGGAUUAUUAAUUCGCGGAUGCAACUCCGAAAAAUGCAAAAGGUAUAUGAGAGAUUUGCCGGGAAAUGAUGGAUGCAUCCGAAAGUUGAUGAGAGAAAAAAGGGGGAGGAAAAGGGAGAAGGGGAUAUGAAUUCGAGGGAACUUCUCUUGCCGUUUUCAUUUUUCUAUUAUGUAAUUUUAUUUCGCCGAUUUUCGCUUCGGGCUAAUUCGAUCAUGCUUCAUUUGAAAAUUACAAUUGGAAAUAAAUUCUAAACAAUACGAAAGAAAUUUAAAAGUUCCUUUAUAAUUUCAUGACGGAUUAUAGCAAUAAGAAAUAAUUAUUACUUUUUAUAUAUACUUUUUCUAUCUAAUAAACUUUUAUAUUUAAUAAAUUCAAAUAUAAAUUAAAUUUAAAUAAUUAAUAUAAAUUAAAUUACUGCAAGAUUUUUAUGUACAAUAUUAUAAGUGUGCAUUUAUGAUUGCAAUGUGUUAUUGUAUAUAAAUGUGUAAUUUUUCAUAAUUUUAUGCAUGAGUAAAAUAUUUAUAGUAUUUGAAAUCCGAAAUGCGCCAUCGCAAAUUUACGCAAAAAAUUUCACGAACAAUACGUGUAAAUUUGAUAGGCAAAGCUUUUCUAUUUCAUCCAAUUUUGCGAGAUCAACUUAAAACGAGCCCGAGCGAUGAGAUCAGAAAUCCGAAAUACUGAUCAGGCUCCUGCGACGGGGAUCGUCCUCAUUUAACCCUUGUUUGCAACAAAGUCUGAAUAAAAACCACAUUAGACACGACAAUAAUGAGGAACACUUUUAAAAAAGAAACGCGUGAUCGCGUUAUCUGUUCACACAACGCGUGGAACAAGAAACUCCCGCCCGUUCAAACUAGCUCAGCAGCAACGGCUGGCCUAAUAAGCGUAGUACAAAUUUUGCAGUGAAGUCUUAAUAGAGAAAAAAAAAAAGAAAAAAAUACCAGAUGCGAGUGGACCGAGAGAGUUUCCGAUAUAAUCCCAGAGAUUUGACACGGUGACGAUAAUCGUGUCGUCGUUUGCGGCGGAAGCGCGGAUCUUGGAGUAAACACAUGGUGUCGUACACACGUAGCCUACUCUCGAGACAAUGGGAUGUAUAAGCUUCUACGCGCGUUUUAUAGUAUCGUAGAAUUGAGUGUUCCAUAAGUGUAAGCUAGUUUUGUAUAUCAUAAAUAUAUAGAUACAUAUACAUGUGUAUGAUAAAAAACGCGGUCUGCCGAGUCUGACGAUGGACGCAUUCUUUUGUAAAUAGAUUUCUUUCCAUUACACACACACACACACGCACACACACACACACGCACGCACCGCACACACA